AGAUUUUCUUUUGUGUUGACCCGAGUGAAUAAUACCGUUGCACAGCUCAGCUGGAGGACUUUUGCGACUCAAAUCUGUAGUUUUGCUCUUUUUGUGUUGUACCUUUUCAUUUUGUUGCUUAGUUUUCCAUAUUUAUCUCGGUUUAUGUCACGUUAAAUUGACGAAGUUAUCAUUCGUGGAAAUUAGCUGGCAACGAACAAUGCAGUAUGGAAAGCAAUAAACUAGCAUAAUAAUGCCGUUUGACUUUGACGAGCGACUCGUCGACUCCAGUCAACUCAACGAGGGAGUCGGUGAGAGGAGCAGAAGGAGUCGUAUCGGACUUGUAAUUACAGGAGCGAUUGGCGGCUCCUUGGUCGCUUUGUAUGCAGUGGCUGCUCCGUUUGUGGCCCCCGCGUUGAGAAAAGUCUGCCUCCCUUUCGUCCCAGCCACUACGGCGCAAGUCCAGAAUGUCCUCCAGGUGCUGCGGAGAAGAUCAGGGACCCUGGUGGACAUUGGAAGCGGAGAUGGACGGAUAGUGAUUGCAGCUGCUAAACAAGGAUUCCAGGCAUCAGGUUUAGAGUUGAACCCUUGGCUGGUUUGGUAUUCUCGCUAUAAAGCCUGGAGGGAGGGAGUCCGCUAUUCCACUUCUUUUCAUAUCUGUGAUUUAUGGAAAGUCAGUUUUGCCCAAUACUCCAAUGUUGUUAUUUUCGGAGUCCCUCAAAUGAUGGACCAGCUGGAGCUGAAGCUGGCCCACGAACUGCCAAGAACAGCUAAAGUGGUGGCCUGCCGCUUUCCCUUCCCCACAUGGGUCCCUGAAUGUACCGCAGGAGAGGGAAUAGACACUGUGUGGGUUUAUGAUGCCAAAACAUUUAAGACUAAACAGUUUCAUGAGCUGACAAAACAGCAGGAAGAGCAAAACUCUCAAACGUAAGAUAAGUCCGUACAAAGACGCUAUUAGGUACUGUAAUGAGAAGUUGCAUAUUUUAAAUAAACUAUUCUUGUGUGAAGACUUUA